AUGAGAACACAAUUCGGCACAGUGGUUGUUUUUGUUAAACUGAUAUUCAAGCUCAAAACACCAGUCCCCACUGAGGAUGAUGUCCUUGGUGCCAUCAAGAAGCAACUGUCUCGUCAAUUCAGGACCACUCAAACCACCUUCCAGAAUGCAACUUAUAUCAAACUUACAGAUACUUCAUAUGCCAUCAACCUUGGUUUCAAAAUAACCAAUGUAACCCUGGAGUCUCUAAGUAAUAGACUCACAUUCACCAACGAGACCUACAUCAAGAUACAGGAUUCAAUUAACAGUCUACUCCAUAACCUACUCAGUGAACCAGAAGGCAAACAGUUUCAAUUUCCCAACGCCGACUUCAUUGUUGAUGGCACUGAAAUCAGGGCAAAUGUGCUGUAUGUAUUCAAAGAGGACGAUGUCAACCACCCUAGUAGUUUUCUACAGGAAGUCUUAAAAGUCUCAGGUCUCCUGACCACCACUGUUGCCCCAACAACAACUACCAGCACCACACCACUUCAUACCCUUUUGCUGACCACUCCUUUCAAUACCACAAGUGUUGGAGGUUUUCCUGGCUGGGCUUUGGCCAUUAUCAUUCCUUGUGGCAUCGCUAUCAUUCUGGUACCCCUGUGGAUCCUGCUAUGUUGUAUGCUAUGUGGCUGCUGUGCAGCUGUAAGGAGACGCUGGCACAGACGCAGAUCUUACAAUGUACAGUACACCACCAGAAACGGACUCUUCUGAGGUGACAACACUAACAUCAGUAGGCAACUGUCAUCACAAGAACAGCCAAUUAUUUAUCUUUAUCUGCUAAUCAGGAGGCUUCAUUGGGUACUUGCAUCUAUUUUUUUAUCACGAAAAGAAACUUCGUAAUUGGCUUAAUAAUCCACACUUUUUUGCGCAUUGGACAAUUUUUUAUGUUAUACAUCUGAUUGUUAAUCAUAGUUACAGCGGAGCUGAACAGCAUGUAUGUUUAUGUAUUUGUUAGCUAUGUCAUUUAUGUGGUUUCAAGCUGUGCUGUCCCUUGACUAAAACGGUUAUCAGUUAUUUAUUGAAUGUAUAAUAUGGUAGAUUAAAAUAUUUAUUUGAGUUUUGUUAUUUCCUCUCUUGACUAACUAUUAACUAACUUAUUUUCAACUGCAAUACAGUACUUGUUUCUUCAUCACACAGUUUGACAAAUGUAAUAAAGACUUUGCAAAUCA